AUGUCAAAAUGUCACAAUUUGCAUACAACAGCUCAAAAGAAAAUUGCAAUGUUUAGAAAGACUGUUGGCAAUCAAGAAAUUUACCAAAAGUAUUCCAUUUAUGCGUCAUUUGGUUCGUACCCAAAAUUUAAACCGAGCAAUUUGACCGAUCAAAAGAGUAAGGUGCACAAAUUUUCGGCUUUUCUUAGGUGUAUUAUAUUAUUCGGUAAAUUUUUCUUGUACGAAUUGUCUUUGUACAAUUUGAUUGCCAACAUCUUUUCCUUCCAUUUCAAUCGCUGGAAUUUAUGUUGUUUCAUAACUGAGUGUACAAUGAAUCAAAAACUUGAGAAGGAACAGAAAGCUUACCAAGUAGUGCAGAUCCUGAAAAACGACAUUAUGGACGAGACACCGUCAAGCGAUGGUGAUUUUGAAGCUAUUAAUGACACUGCCACUCACAGAAAAACCAAAAAAUCCCUUUUUGCCACACUUAUUAAAAGAAAACACCAAAGACCUAAUGUUAAAAUAACGAAAAAAAUUGAAACUUGUUCUACCAUCAAUUUUGAGACGGAUAGUGCAGCUUCGGAACAAAACCUAGCCCGUUACCAGUUUACAUCAGAAAGCGAAAAAUGUUGGCAAAAACCUGCAUCUAUUACAAAAGUUUCAUCUCAAAGUGAAAAUAAACAUAAUUUUUUCCAAAAAAUUGUCAAGCGUUCUAACGAAGACAAGAACUCAGCUGUUAUUAAGAAAAAUAAGAAAUCUAAUGAUGCGACCAGUUCUAAUCACAAAAUUUUGGCCAACGUGUGGAGUAGUUUUAUUCCAACAGCCUACAUACCCAAAUACAACAUUAAGUUAAUCAAUGGUAUGAGCGAACUUCAGGAUAUUUUGCAAAACUUGCACCAUUCGGAACAGCACAUGGUGCAUCUCCUGAAAAAAUAUAUCGAAGAUAAAAACUUCCAAAAACAACUAAUUGACACUUCAUUUGAGUAUUUUGCUCUUCAGUAUGACUCCAAAUGUCAUGCAAAUAUCCUCGCCGACAAAAUCUGGUUUCAGCAAUUGGAACAAAACAAAACGCAAGACUACAAUUUACAGAAACGUUUAAACUUUUUAGUAAAAUCAAACAGAUCACUUCAACUUCAAAUAGAGAUUUUGUGUCGUCAUUGCGAAAAAUUGGCUUCUCGAAACAAUCUCUACCCAAAACGAUUUCUUCAUAUGAGAUCUUUUGGCAAGAUUUACGCCAGACACUUGAUUGAAAAUAAUCGAAAAUUGCACAAUAAAGUUAAAGCAUUGACUGGAGUCAUUUCUGAUUUUGAAGACGAAUUACACAAACUACAACAUCAGAAAGGAGUGCUCGAAGAAGAAAAGAGAAGUUUUCGCUCACAAAUUUAUCAUUUGCAAACCGCUUUAGAACAACAAAGUAGUGAUUUUCAGCUUGAAAAAUCAGAUCUUGCUUUACAGUUAAACCAUCAAGAUAACCUCAUUAAAGAUGCAGUUUCCUCACUUCAUUGCAUAUUUCAAGAUUUGCACGGAUUUGGACACCAGUUGAACGAAUUUGAAAUAACUGUAAUGUGGCCUCAGUAUCAGUAUCAAAACAGCUGUUUACCCGAAAUGGCUUACCAGCUUCGAGGAUGUGUUGGAGAACUUUUUCUAACAAUGACUACGGCUUUUAAAAAUAUCACUCUGGUGGCCAAGGACGUUAAUAAACUAAGAACAACCAAUGCACGACUUCAAGAAAAUCUUCAAAAAUCUACAAGCGAAUUAGAUAAUCUUAGCAAACGACUCGAAAAGAAUCCUCCAGAACCAGAAACCCAAUUUAAGAAAUUUGAGAAAGAAAAUAUUGCUUUGAAGUUAAAGCUUGAGAAUGCAAUGGAACAAAUCCGUUUUCUGCGAGAUGAGAUUGAAAACAAGAAAAAGUGUUUAAGUAUGAACAAUAUGCUGCAACAAAAUCAGUCCUUUUCAAACCAAAUCGAUGAAAUGGUUCUGAUAUUGUCGCAAUUAGCGUCUUGUAGCGAUUUACCAAAAGAAUUUCAAUCCCAUUAUGAAAAAUUAGAUUAUUUAAAACAUCUUUGCACAAAAAUUGUCACACUGCGUAAACAAUUAAACGACAAAUGUAACAAUUUAGAAGAGGAAAAUCAAAAUCUUGUCCAAACUCAACAGAUGUAUCACCAAGACAUUGCCACCUUACAAGAUGGACUUACCAUUUUAAGUGCUGAAAAUGAAAACCUGAAAAAACAAUUAGCCACUCAUCACCAAACCUUGACUACUCUUCAAAAUGAACGUAUCAAAUAUUUGGAGGAGAAAAAUAUCCUAAAAACUAUCUUUCAACACCUGAAAAGUGAAAUAUCACGUGUUCAACAAUUAGAAGAUGCCGUUGCUGACAUGAGUAAAGAGACAAAUCGACUUAGCCUAAUUGCUGAAUUUAAUAAACAGUUGGGAGAGCAAUUAAAAAAUGAAGUAGAAGUGAAAGAAAACACGAUAACUGAACUGAAACAAAGUUUAGAAAAGUUGAGUUAUAUUCAAAUCGACACCGAUAAAGAAAGGAUGACUUUGUGUGCUCAACUUUCUGAGAUAUCAACCGUAAAAGAGAAACUAAGCGAUUGUCUAGAACUAGAAUUAAAGAAAAAUCUUCAUCUCGACGAAACGAAAAAGAAACUAGAAAAUAGCACAAAAAGUCAGUUGAAAAUUUACGAAGAGAUGCAAAAAAAUGAAAGAGCAGCACUGAAAGAGUUAUUAAAAGACUUCAAAAAUUUAAUUAAGCAAAGAGACUGUCUUUUACAUUUACAAGAGGAAAACAAAAAAAAGUGUCGUGAUAUGGAAAAAGCUUAUGUGGAGUUAAAAAAAGCGUAUGAAAGUGCUUUAAUGCAAAUAAAUAAUCGAGAUGAAGAAAUUAACAGACUUGUUGAAAAAAUUCAAAGUCAAGCAGAACAAAUAAAACAAACAGAAGAGGACCACAUGAAUAAUAAUAAUAGAUACGAAAAAAAUUUGCGAAAGCUUGAGAAAGUUUUAUCUCAGAUGCGGAAUGAAAAAGAAGAGGCCCUCAAAAAUGUGACUUAUUUACAAACUAGCUUACAAAAAGCAGAAAACGACCUCAAUGAAUCUAAGGAAAAACUAACAGGUGUUGAAAAUAAGCUUGCAAUUAAAACAGCAGAAUGCACAACAUUAGAAUCAGAAGUAAGUACGUGUAAAAAUGACCUGCAAAAUUUGAGCCAAGAAAAUGGAAAAUUAACAUUAGAAUUAGAUUAUUUGAAAAAGUUGCACGAACAGAAAACAUCUGAAUUAAAAGAAACUUUAUCAAGCUAUUCUGCAAAGGAUAAUCAGUUUUUGGAAACUCAAACUAUUGUGUGGAAUAAAGAACAACAAAUAAACGAUCUUAAUAGAAUAAUAAUCGAGAGAGAAAGUGAAAUUAAACAGUUACAACAAGAAUGUUUGUAUCUUAAGAAACAAACAGAAGAUCAAAAUAAAGUACUGAUUGGUUAUGAAAACCAGUUGGUACUAUUACAGGACAUAGAAGCCGCAAAUUUCAAGCUUGAAAAAGAAAUGGAUAAUGUAAAAUUAGAGCAUAAAACGACUCAAGUUGAAUUAGAGAAUGCACGAAAAGAAAUUGAUAAUUUGAAUAACGAAUUAAAAUCAACAAUUUUGAAAACCGAAAGUGAAAAAUCAUAUUACAAAAAUCAAGCAAAUGAAAUUAUUGUUGAAUAUAGUGAACAAAAAGCAAACAUCGAAGAUGAAAUUGACAGCAUUUCUGAACAACUUCAAAAAGUCACCGAAAAUCUUCAAAUUGAAAAAGAGCGUUUUGACGAAUUAGCCAAAGCUCAUGAAGAACUCCAAAUGAAAUAUAUUCAAUUGAGAGAAAAUUACAGUGCAGAAGUAAACGCUCAUAAAGAAACACGUCUCAAAAUUGAAAAUUUGGAAAAUUACAUGAAUGCUAUAUCCACCGAAAGGGACAACCUUCAACAACAAGUACAUCUUAUCCUAAUGGAAGUUAAUGAGGAAAAAGACUCAAAUGUCCUUCUGACUACCGAAAAUAAAAAAUUACAAAUGAUAUUAGAACAAGGACGACAGCAAUAUGGUGCACUAAUAAAUAAAAAUUCCUCACUGGAAGAAGAGGUGAAAGAAAUGAGAAAGAAAUUAAAAACAAUUAUGGAUUCUAAAGAUGUGUCGCAAAAUGAGAUCAACAAAACGAUUCGUACACUUGAGGAAAAAAGUGAUGAGCUUAAAACAGCAAAAGAGACCAUCGACUGUUUAAAAAAAGAGUUGAAUGAGAGUCAAAAGACGCUCUUUGAUUUAAAAGAGGACUUUUUCAAUUUGCAACAACAUGUAACAGGAUUAGAAUUUAAAAAUUGUGAACUAACUCUCCAGCUUCACGAAACUCAAGGAAAGCUUGAAACUGAAAGAAAUCUGUACAAAGAGUUGAAAACAACGAAAAAUUCGGAACGCACUCAACAAAAAGCGCCCUCUGAAUGUGGAGAACUGUUUUUUUGACAUUUGACAUUUAUGUUUGACAACAACAAACUUCACCUUAUAUGGAAGUUAUAACUUUAAAUCAGCUGCAAAAGUAUGAGGAAAUUCUUGAAAAAAUUAGUAGUGAAUAUGAACAAUCUGAACAACUGGAAAAGCAAGUUAAGAAAGUUGAAAGCGAAAUCACCGCUCUUAAACUGAGUUUAUGCUCAAGUUUACAAAAAAUAAGUCAUGUAAAUGUUAAAAUUUUCAAUGAUCCAAUGGAUAUCGUCAAUUUGUAUGAAAGUGAUGUGUUUAACUUGAGUAAAUAUCAUGGUCAUAAUUUUUUCUUAGUUGAGAUUAUUUUAAGUAAAUUAAUUAAUUUGGAUAAUUGGCAACUACAAAUUAAUAUUUCUUCUGAUACAUUUUGCAGUAACAGUAUACUGCCUUUAUGUAACAAAAACACAGUUUUGAGGAUAAUUCCAGUGCCUUCUGAUACACAUGAAUGCAGAAUUGAGGUUUGCUUAUUUCAUUCGUCAAAUGAUUUUUGGAAUGUAAUAGAUUUGCAACCUGUUGAUGUUGAUAUUUCUUACUAUUUUAAUUCACUCAAAGAAAAUGUUACAUUAAAGUCUACAACAGAUAAUUUACUAGAAGUCACGAAAUUAUACAAUCAAACCAUUUUGCAUUCAUCAUUACAAUUACAAAAUCAAUUGAAAUGUAAUUUUGAUAAAAAUACUUUUGUACCACGUUUUAUAAAAAAUUGCUACCACCAGUUAAAUCUAGAAUGUAUUUCUGAAUUUGUUAGUGAUAAACGUUUAGUAGAACUUCAGUUUUAUAUAGGAGAUAAGAAAGUUUCAAUUUUACACAAUUGGGAUACAAAGGUUACAAAACUAAGAUGUGACUUUAGGGUCGUACAACAGGUGAAACAAUUUUUUAUUAAAUAUUUCUUUGAUGACAAUAUUACUGCUUUUCAUAACAGUUUAAAGACUCUGCAAAAGAAACAAAAUUUGUUGCAGCACCUGGACUUAAGUGAGGUACUUCUCUUGUAUCAGGAAAUUAGAAAACUGUGGUUAUAAAAAAUAAAAAUUCAUAAAACAAU